AUGUCGUCCUUCAAAAACAUCUUUCGCAACUCGAACAAAGACAAGGUCAAAGACAGCUUGAAUCAUUCAUCCAGCGCAUCCUCGAGCGACCACAAACGCGCCAAAUCUCUGUCUACCCUCGCUUCCUCCCAGUCUGACCAUCUGACAGCCGACGAUACGUACAGCGUCGGUACCGCCUUCCCGAGUAAGAACGGCUCAAUCCCGGUCUCACCUUUCACCGUUCCAGUCAACCUUCCUGCCAUCGACGUUACCGACCUAUCCAGCCUAGAGCAACCCAACCGCAGCCCGGCCGAGUCCAACGUCUCUACGCUCAAAACCACUCAACCAUCCUCCGUUUCCAAUAAUUCCCUUCGCUGGGAUCCCAAAACCGAAUCCGCCAACGCAGCUGCCGCCUCUCAAUCGAGCCGCUCCAUGGCUCGACCAUCCUCCGCCAAUCACUCUCAAGCGCGCAGCGAGCCCACCAAUGCCAUGGCCGCUUCGGGUGGCAAGAGCUCCCGUCGCAGCUCCAAAGUGGACAAGAGUGACGAUGGCCACGCCAAGCCAGAGCCACUAAAUCGUCACGAACUCAUGAGACGCGCCAUGGCCACCGCGCAGGAAUACGGCGAACACGAUGGCGACGACAGCGGAAGCGUCUUUGAGGACGAUCACAUGUCAAAUUCCCACCACUCCCACAACUACCAUCCCAACACCAACCCUGCCAACUCCACGCCCAUCACAGCGCGUCACGUUCCCCUCGAUCGUCCCGGCGAUGGCAGCCUCUCCAUGGACGCUUUUGGCAACGGCCAUCCGAACCUCGUCAGUGCUUCCAACGGCUCAGCCCCCGCAUCUGCAAAGCGCUUUUCCGGUCCCAGCUCUGCAUCGCCCUUGCUCACCGCCUCGGCUACCAUGCCCACCCUGGUGACCCCGGCGCCCAUUCGCGCUGAAAUGCCUCGAUCCGACUCGCUCGAAGAGAUCGUCGACCAGGGCUACGACCCUAUGCAGCGCUCAGAACCUUUCGAUCCGUCCAAGGGCCCUCCCCAGCGCGCCAGCACCCUCAUGGAACCCUCAACCUCACCCAAUCGUGCUUCGCUGCAAGGCAUGGCCAAAAGCUCUUCCAGCAGCGCUUUGCUCAGGCCCACCGACCUUCCUGCUCCUUCAGACGGCAGCCCUCGUCGCCCCUCGGAUGCAGGCUCCAUCAACGGUGCCUUUUCGCGUCUACGCAAGAACAGCGACAGCAGCACCAUGAGCAAGGCGAGCCGGGUCAAGAAGCCGGGCCCUUCCGCCGGCAUCGCCGGUGCGCUUGCUGCAAGUGGUAUUGCCGGAAUGGGGGUCGGCCAUGCUGCCGCUUUGCAGCAGUCUCAAUCCGCCCUCAUCGACCUUGACAAGAAGAGGAAGGACUCGAAGGAUACAGGUGUCUUUCAAGGCGGCAUGUACAGAGAUCCCUCCACAGGUAGCGUCGUCGAGAGGGAUCAGGACGGUAAUCCACUUCACCCGCUUCGACCCCAUCAAGAACGGAGGGAUAGCAGCUUCGUCUCGCACGAUGGCUCAGUCUUCAGCGAUCGAUCCUCCGUCAGCGGCCUCGGUGCAGCUGCCGGGUUCGGUGCAGCCUCGGCAGCCCUCCUCUCCUCUAUCGGCGGUGUGCCUGGUAUGCCCGUCACACCGCUUCUUGCUCCAGAUGGUCCAAACCCUACCGGCGCCGGAGGCCUCCAUCCUCCGGCAGCAGGCGGUGCCAAUGUCGGGGGUCAACAUAUUGACGGCGAGACCACCUGGCCCGAAGACAUGGGCCCGCAGAUCACUGGUUUUGCCGUAGCCAGCUCCAAACGCAAUCACGAGUUUCACCAGCUCUUUCCGCAGGUACCUGAAGACGACUACCUCAUCGAGGACUACGGUUGUGCUGUGGUGCGCGAGAUUCUCAUCCAAGGUCGGCUGUACAUCUCCGAGAAUCACCUCUGCUUCAAAGCCAACAUCUUUGGCUGGGUCACAAACGUUGUUCUACCCUUUUCCGAGAUCAUUUCGAUCGAGAAGCGCAUGACUGCUUUCGUGAUUCCCAAUGCCAUCCAGAUCGCCACGCUUCAUGCCAAGCACAACUUCACCUCGUUCCUUUCCCGCGAUGCCACCUACGAUCUCGUCGUCAACAUUUGGAAGCUGUCGCAUCCAGGCGUCCCUCUCGCAGCGGCCGACCAAGCCGACCUGUCGGAUGAGUACUCCGAGAUCGAGGAAGACGGCGAUUCGUCGGCGGCGGCGGCAGGGGCCGGCGGCGACUCGAAGGGAGGCGAUUCCGAACAUCAGGGCAAAGCAGCAGGCGAAUCCAAGCAAUCGAAACGUGCCAGGCUGAAACGCAAGCUCAAAGGGACCAAGACGGGUGUCCGUGACGAGAAUCUUGCGGCCGUUGCAGCGGCCGCCGCCAGAUCCGGAACGCCCCUCAUCCCGCAGAGCCGUUCACCCGCACCCACCGGCAAGCGUGCGGCACAUCGCAAGACGACAUGUCCAUGCGAGGAGAAGAAGGAGCAUUUCUCCUCGGUUGUGCUCGAUACCACCUAUCCCGCCGUACCGGAGAAGAUCUAUAAUUUGCUCUUCACGUCCACGUUCAUGAAGGAGUUCUGGACAGACGACCAGAAGCUCAUGGACCUGCAAAUUUCAGAGUGGAGCCCGAAUGCAGAGAACCGUAACCUGCUCUCGCGCAACAUCUCGUACAUCAAGCCGCUCGCCGGAGGCUUCGGGCCGAAACAGACCAAAUGUAUGCUGACCGAUGAGAAUCUGCACGUCGAUUUUGACAACUACGUCGUGACUCUCACCACCACGCGCACACCCGACGUGCCGAGCGGUGGCAGCUUUAGCGUCAAGACCAAGACAUGCAUCACAUGGUCAGGUACGGGCAACGUUUCGCACGUCUACGUGACGUGCCAAGUCGAAUGGACCGGAAGGAGCAUGCUCAAGAGCAUCAUCGACAAGGCAUCUCUCGACGGUCAAAAGCAGUACUACAAGGAGCUCGACGAGGCGGUGCGAAAGUACUUGACCGACCACACGUCCGAGUUCAAGGAGGAGGGCGACGAUGCCGCAGCGGUGGAGGAGAUUGCGCGCGCCGCCACACCUGGUCCCAACAAUCGAAAGGGCGGCGGUGGAGCCGGUGACGCAGGCGGUGCAUCGACCGAAGGGGCAGGCGGAAACAGUUCUGGUUCCAACGGCGGUAGCAGUGCGAGCGGAGGUGCGUCAGGUGGAGUGCUGGGUAGCAUCACCGCUCCCAUUAUGGACGCGUUUGGCAUGGUCGGUGAUCUGCUCGGCGGCGCACUCGAAAUGGUCGGCAUCGAAGGUGGCGAUAGCCUCAAAUCCCUAGGCUUUGGCCUGCUGAUCUUCGUCCUGCUCAUUUCGAACAUCUACACGUGGAGGCGAUCGUCAUCGUCCGUGGCAUCCUCGGCAAACAUGGUGCAACACCUGGAUCGGAUGCAGGCUGGUGGUCACAACCGAGGCUACUUCAGCGAUCAAGGCUACUACGGUCCAGUGUCUCCGCGUCAUCACAGCGGCGAUCGCCAGCCGGUUUACGAACGUGUGUUUGCGCCCAACGUGUACAUCACGCCUCCCGGCGGAAACGAUGCCACACCGGAUGCCAUUGCCAAGACGGUUGCAGAGGUGCUGGAGAGGCUCUACCAGCAGAAUGUGGAUCGAUUCAAGCCGACCAUGGACGCGGAUGGAGACGAUCCGGAAUCUGUCAAGAGGUUGGUCGCGGAGGCUGAAGCGGUGUUUGAGAGGUUGGAGAAGCGCUUGAAGGCUGUCAAUCAGGGUGUCAAGGCGGAAAAGGCUGGUAAAGUGGAACUUUGA